UUGUUUCUACAUUUAUUCAAUUGAGACUCCUAUACUCACCUCUCAAUGAAAAAUGAAAGUGAUUGGAGAACUGUGAAGUAAAACUAAAGGUAAUACUACAAAUACUUACCUGCAUAUCUUACUCAACUGUAGAUUUUCCAUUCAUUUCUACUAUCACUAUAAUUGUACCUCAGUGUCACAUUUGGCGUCCAACGAACAGGAUAGAUCCAAAGCAAGUUUUAAACUUAGUUAGAUCAAGAUGUAUCAAAGGGAAGUACCCAUGAGGGAUGGCUCCAUUAUGCACACUUCCUCACCAAUUACAAUGCCAUACUAUUUUGGUGCACCAUGGCUUCUUACUUUUUCAGGAGGUAUGUGUACUGCAGAGUCAACUGAAUUCAAAGAAUUUAUGACAAAAAUUCAGGCAAUGUUUAGGCUAUACCCACUAAGUGAACAACAAAAAGUGGAAAUAUUAAUUGGACAACUGAAGUGGACUGCUCAGCGGGAAGCAAACUCUUGGCCACAGAGAAGAGAACAGCAACAGACAUAUUGGAAAGAUUAUCGAAAAUCUUUGAGUCCCGAACAUUAUCGGAUUUGAUGUUGCAUUUUUAUGCAAGAAAGCAGCAACCUGAUGAAACUCUGCGAGAGUUUGCUCUUGGUUUACAAGAAGCAUUGCAAGACAUUAAGGCCUGCAAACCAGGGGAAAUAAUUCAAGAAGAUGAAACACUUGUUAGUCAGUUUGUCGAGGGGGUCUAUGGAGAACAGAUGAAAGCUCAUCUUAAAAUGAUACGGCUGCAAAAACCAACCAGCAGUUUCUUAGAUUUUAAAGAAACAGCAAUCAAGAUUUUGGGAACCAGUUCCAGGCAAAUGCAGACUACCGCAUAUUUGGAAUCAGCAAAUCAACAUAUUCAGUCAUUGAGUAUAGCAGAUUUGUUAGUUGCUUUAAAAGUACAAAUUGCAGAACUUAUUCAGGGCAUGACAGAUAUGUAUAAAGAAAUAAAGAGCUUGAAAGAAAGACCAAGAAGAGAAGAGAAAGACUGGCAAUCUGGAACAAGGCCCUGUUAUGACAAACAAUGGGGAGCGACAGGAAAUUAUAGACAAUUUAAGGAUAAUUUCGUCGAACAGAAUCGGCCAAUUUGUAGACUUUGCCAGGAGAGUGGUCAUGUUGCACACUGCCAACAAGAAAAUGUACUUAGAAGUACUGAGGCCAAGGAACAACCCUCACGAAGAAUGGAGAGAAUAGGUUCACUCUUGGAGGAAGAACUACCUGGAGAUGGGGGUCUCAACCCAGUAGUGCAGAACCAAAUAAAAGCUGUCGGCAUGCCACCUGCAGAUGAUGUUACGCCAGCCAGUGCUGGGAAAGUUUUGGGCAAAGUCAUAUGGUUCCAUGUAAGACGUGGUUAUGGCUUUAUUAAUCAAGAUGACACGAAGAGAGAUAUCUUUGUACACUACACAGGCAUCCAGAAGAACAACCCAAGAAAAUAUCUUCAAAGUCUGGAAGUUGGAGAGACUGUAGAAUUUUAUGUGGUCAAAGGAAAGAAAGGUCUACACGCAGCAAAUGUAACUGGUCCUAGUGGUAUUCCAGUGCAAGGCAGCAAAUAUGCAGCAGAUCGCAAUCAGUAUCAGCACUAUCCAUAUCACAGGGGUUCUCCAAAUAACUACCAGCCAAACUAUCGAUAUAAUAAAGGUGGAGAGGAGUCAGACAAAGUUGAAAGUAUGGCUAAAAGUGCUAAUCCCCAGUCACAUUACUGGAGACAUCGCUACCCACCAAACUACCCAAGGAAACCAUAUGGAAACAGACAAUAUCACGAUGUCCCAAAGCAGAGUGAGUUUUUGUGGAGAACAGUUGUACAAGAUACACAGAAACAGAGUGGGUUGGUGCAUCAGAGCUUUCAUGAAGUAGUCAGACCACAGUCUAUUGCAGAGCCAUUAUGUCAGAGUAAGACAAUAAAGGAGGACACUUAUUCCAGUAUAGCCCACCACAACCAAGCAAAUAUGCAGGCAUAUUGUAAGGAAAAUACUGAAAGCAUUACCAACUUAUCCAUAGCAGAGAGGUUGGGGUCCUCUGUACAGAAUUGCCUGGAUUUUGUCAUGCAAAGGCUGGAUUCUUCUCUUCCUGAGCAAUCAUAUAGUUUAGUGAAAGAGCCCUCAAUUUCUGUUCCUUCAGAGUAUACAUUCACAGACAAUGAAUAUAUUGAGAAGAAUCCAAGUGAGAUAGCAUUCAUUAUGUAG